AUGGUGAGCAUUGGAGAGCUGAUCGUCCUUUUCGUCGUCACAUAUAUGUGCUUCUUAGCGCAGCCGCGGGUAUUCUACGCCUUAUCAAUGCAUGACCUUCUUCCGAGAAGGUUCCGGGACCUGGACGAGCACGGCACCCCCUGGUUUGCAACACUGUGGACCGGCUUGCUCCUCGUAGCCUGCGGGGCGCUGCUUCCCUUUAGCACCUUGGCCAAUGCCAUCUCCGGCGGUGUUUGCGUGGCUUUCAACCUAGUGAACUGCUCGCUCAUCGUUAUGAGAGGAGGGCGGGUGGCUCUGGUUGCCUUCAACCUGUUCUCGUUCCUUGCAGCCGUGCUGCUGCAGCAUGGUGGGCAAGGACUGCUGGCAUGGUCUCGAAUAGCUUCGCUCGCCUGUUCCAUUGUGACCUUGCUAGCCCUCGUCACGGCCCAAG